GAUGUGUACAGAUAACUUUUUAUCCCGACAGCCGGUGAACAACAAAAACCAAAGUUGAUGCCCAUCAAUUCCGAGACAAGAUUCGAAGACGAAUAAACAAACUGCUUGGUUCCAAUAAAUACAUAAGUUGGAUUGAAGUCUGACUUUGGAGCUCACGAAAGUAUCAAAAUGGGCUUCAAUAACGAACCUCAAGCUCGACUAGGUAGCUCUAUUCCACCUGCUACUCCACAUGCAGUCUCAGUCUCAUUACCAACAUGGCAAGACAAUGUCGAUUAUGAACUUGGAUUGGAUCGAGUGAUCAAUAACCUCUUCACAGGUUAUCCAAGAUUUUUCAUCCAUCUUGAUAUAAAAAAACUUGCCGAAUUUUGUCACUCUAAACAUGCGAUCACAGCUGAAGAGCAGUGCAUGCUCUUCCCAUCACAUAAGUCGGCCACCUUGUGUUCGGAGUUUUUGACUGCUAAGAUUACCUCCCCUGUCGAUGCGGCCGAGCAGUCCUCGCUAUCGGAAGUUGGCCGAAUUGUAAAAGUCUCAGCCGGAUCUGGAGCUCAAUCUGUCAGUUCGAACAAUGGUACCUUGAAUUCGCCUCUUGUGGUCUAUGCGUUAUUUGUACCCAAUGGGGAUAUAUUUCGUCUUGCGCGUACUUUUUGGCAACAUACUGGACUCGGAAUCUCCUCUAGAUUUGCUGAAAGAUUUCUGAGACUACUGGGAUUGUGUCCCGUUCGUGCCGAGAGCUCAACAGCGUCUGGUUCUGUUGCCCACGAACAACUUCUCUCCAAAUCGCCUACCAGUCCUCCCUUACCGCGACGUGGCCCUCUCAAUGGCUCUCGUAGGCAUUACGCCGUAAAAUCUAGCGUUAGUCCACCGUCAAUAUGCUCCAGUCCAACGAAGGAAUUAUUAUCGGGACCAUUAGAUGAUUCAAUCGAAACCUACCUUGAGGAACGGUACGGUCGCAACUUGCCAAUUGAGCAAGCUCAACUUGCCAAGUUGGCUCUCAAACGACGUAUAGCCGGUGUACUAACAGACGAGGAUGAUUCAAAGAGUGAUGUAAGACCCAGUGAAUCUAUUAAGCCAUCGGAACGGGGUCAGGGCCGACUAUCAGAAUCAGAUGUAUACUUAUAUCCAACUGGGAUGAGCUCAAUCUUCUAUGCCCAUCAGCUUUGUAUGGCUACUCGCUCGUCAGAUGCCAUUGAUUUCCGCCUGCGACCAUCUCGAAGUGUGUGUUUUGGAUUCCCCUACACGGAUACCUUGAAAAUUUUACAGAAAUGGGGACCUGGCGCACAUUUCUUUGGACACGGUGAAGAAGAUGAUCUCGAACGUUUGGAAGCACUCUUGGUCCGGGACCGUGAAGAGAAUCUACCUCCUGUGACAGCCCUUUUUUGUGAAUUUCCAAGCAAUCCACUCCUGAAGGCGGCCGAUUUGAAACGCAUCCGUGAAUUGGCUACUGAGUAUGGCUUCCUGGUAGUCAUUGACGAGACUAUUGGUAACUUUGUGAAUGUGGAAGUCUUACCUUUUGCCGAUAUCAUAGUCAGCUCGUUAACGAAGCUAUUCAGUGGCGAUAGUAAUGUUAUGGGUGGAAGUCUGGUCUUGAAUCCAUCAUCAGCCCAUUACUUGAAGCUGAAGGAACUUCUAGAUUCCGGCUCUGAAUCUACCAAAGGUCAAGCUUUGUAUGAAGAUGUUUAUUUUCAUGAAGAUGCGAUUUAUAUGGAGCGCAAUUCUCGAGAUUUUCGAUCGCGGGUCCACAGGAUCAAUCAUAAUGCUUCAAACCUCUGCAUCUUUCUGACUCAGCAGAUGAAGACCGUCAGCUCAAAGGUGAUCAAAAAGAUCUAUUACCCCCAAUAUAUCACGACUGCUAAUUUUGAGGCCUGUAAACGUACGAGCGGUGGUUAUGGUGGAUUAUUCAGUAUCACCUUUACUUCGGCAUUGGCUUCAAGAGUGUUUUAUGAUAAUCUGGUUGUUUAUAAAGGUCCAUCUUUGGGUACUAACUUCACUUUGGCAAGUCCAUAUGUGAUCCUUGCCCAUUUUACUGAACUUGAUUGGGCAGAAGAAUUUGGAGUUGAUCAAAACCUGAUUAGAAUCAGUGUAGGAUUAGAAGAAUCAGAAGUAUUGAUCAAACGGUUUGAGAAGGCCUUGAAAGCUACUCUUGUUGCUGUACAAGCGGAGGAAGAUGCCAACCAGUCAACUUUAACUGUUGAAGUUCCUUGAAAUCAUCAAUCUUAUAAACGAGCCAAACAUGACGUGGCUUCCUUGUUUUAUCUGAUAUAUACACCACUCUGGUAUGUCUCAAGCCUAGACAAUUUCGACAAUUAUGUAUG